GUAUAUAAGGCCGCUUCUUCCAUUCAAUUUUAUUUCCACUCCCAGCUCCUUUCACAUCCAAGUCACUUUUGUACCCUCUUCACAACUUUUAACCAUGUCCUUCAUCCGCUCUAGCCUUUUCAAGGCCACUGCCAAUCCCAUCAGGCGAUCUGCCUUUGCUACCACUCCACUUCGAGCCUUCACCAGGUCCGCUCUUGUCAGCAACAACAAGAAGGACGAUGGUUACGAGGAGCAUCGAGUCGAGAUUGAGCCCAAGAUCGCUGCUGUCGACGAGAGUUUCACGUUUGAACACCCUGAGAAAUGGGUAGACAAGCAUCCUGGUCAUGAUAUGCAGCGAGGUGAUUUUGGUCGACACACCAAGCGAACUCUUGCAUCUUUCUCUAUGGACGGCAAGGUCUGCCUUGUCACUGGUGCAGCUCGAGGUCUUGGUAACAUGAUGGCCAGGACUUUUGUUGAAUCCGGCGCGAACGCCAUUGUCCUUGUCGAUCUCAAGAAGGAGGAUGCCGAGCGUGCAGCCAAGGAGCUCGUUGACUGGUUUGUCGAGAACGGUGAAGCCGAGAAGGGUGAAAUUGAGGCUAUUGGUCUCGGUUGCGACGUUUCCGACGAGGCCUCUGUCAAGCAGGUCUUUAGCACCGUCAAGGAGAGAUUCGGCCGGCUUGACGCUGUCGUCACUGCUGCCGGUAUUGUCGAAAACUUUGUCGCUCACGAGUACCCCAUCGAUAAGAUCAAGAAGCUGUUGGACAUCAACAUUAUGGGUACUUGGUAUUGCGCACUUGAGGCUGCCAAGCUUAUGCCUGAAGGUGGUUCCAUUACCCUCGUCGCAUCUAUGAGCGGUAGCAUUGUCAACGUUCCUCAACCUCAAACCCCUUACAACUUUUCCAAGGCUGCUGUGCGACACAUGGCUCGAUCCCUCGCCGUCGAAUGGGCUCUCAAGGGUAUCCGUGUCAACGCUCUUAGUCCGGGUUACGUCCUCACCAACUUGACUAAGGUCAUUCUCGACGCCAACCCCGUUCUCCGUGACGAGUGGCUCAACCGUAUCCCCAUGGGUCGAAUGGCCGACCCUUCUGAUCUCAAGGGUGCCGUCAUUUACCUUGCUUCUGACAGCUCCAAGUACACCACUGGUGCUGAGAUCAUGAUUGACGGCGGUUACACUUGCUUGUAAGCGGUGAUCUCCAAAGAAGUGAAUGCACGUUGGGAUUUUACAGGACGAGAGAACUUCAUGGACAUUGUUGCUUGGCUCGAUAGGAGGAUGUGUAUGGUUUUAAAAGUAAUAGAAAGGGCGGUACAUAAUUGUGAAUCCGUAAAUUAGAGAAUACAUUGGAAUCGGCAGAAUGCAUACAUAGAAUAAGAUGA